AUGUGGAGAUCAUCAUCAACCACCACAUCCAACCACCAUGAGCUACAGCAACAUGAUGAAACUCGGUCGCUACCAAUCCAUUCUCAUUCGGAUCACCAUCGCUCCAUGUCUCAUCUCUCAAUGAUGGCUGUGGUUGUACAACAACAGCCACAACAACAACAAGAUCCUCUCAGAGAGUUGAUCACAGAACAUGAUCACGCAAGCAAGCGCUGUCACCACCAGCAAGAAAUAUUUCUGGAAUUCUCUUCUAACACUGAUGAUCAUUCACAGAUCAACAACAACAACCAUUUCACUCCAUUCAUACCACCACCAGACCAUCCAGUCCACACAAAAACUCCCUCCUACGACAUGAUAGGUUCGAAUGGCCAUUCGGAACAUCAAAACUCCUUGUUCACACUCAAAAAGAAAGUGAAAAAAGUUCUCUCCAUUAAACCAAACCACACCACCACCACAACAACAACUUCUACUACUUCCACAAGUACAACAACAACAACAACAAGUACAUGUCAUCCUAUGACUGAUGGUUGUUCAAUGAUCAUGAUGACAUCAUUAUCGGUCGACCAUAACAAUUCUCUUCUGGCACCAUGUCACAAUAAUUUCACACAACAACUCGACGAUUUAUUAUUACAACCACCACCACCACCACCACCAUUACACACUUCAUUACUCGAAAACAACAAUGAAUGUAAUAAUGAAACUUCCUCGUGUAGUGAUGGUACGAGUUCAACUCAAAAUUCUUCUCAAGUUAUUGUGGUGAACUCUUUAAUUUCUUCUUCUUGUAAUCAUUCUUUGAACAAUCCAAUGAUGAUACAUAAUAAUGAAGAAUUGAUCAGAGAAACAUCCAAUAAUGAUGAAUUUAAAAACUCUCAUCAUGAUGAAGAAGAAUUAAAUUCUUUUGUGAAAAUAACAACAAGACUCAAUUUGGCACAAGUCUCUCCUCAGAGCGGUGGUGGUGUUGGUGGUGUUGGUGGUGGUGGUAUCAUCAUGUCAAGUAGUUGUAGCACAGAGGAUGGUAUUAAUCUGUCACAUGAUAAUCAUAGUGGUAUCAUCAUGUCAAGUAGUAGUACUACAGAUCAUGAUGAAAAUAAUCAUCCAAUCAUCAAUAGUAGUACAACAACCAUGUCAUGGUCUCAAUCAUCCUCUCAAACAUCACCCAUUGAAUCAUCAACACUUGAUUCUCCUCCUGGAAGAUAUUCCAUUUCAGCAGCAAAGAAGAGAUCCAAUGCCAUGAUUAAGAUGAACACGAGUGGUACCACUCAAAAACAAGUGGAGUUCAUGUCAACACAUGAAAAACCAUCAUUAAUGGAAAUGAAUCAUCAUUCAAAUAAUCAUCAACAACAACACGAUACCAGCAUGGUGAAUAAUAAUCAUUCAAAUAAUAAUAAUAACAUUCACACCAAUAAUCAUUCCAAUAUGAAUCAUAUCAAUAAGCAUUCGAAUAGGAAUCACAUCAAUACAAUUCCCAAUAAUAUUACAAAUAAUAAUAUUAAUACUAAUAAUAAUAUUAAUAAUAUUAAUAAUACUAAUAAUAAUCAUAAUAAUAUUGGAAUUCACCACACAAUGAUGAAUCAUACUCAACAACAACCUGUAUUCAUGUCAAAUCAAACCAUAUUCCUUUCCAAUUCUAGUAUCAUUCUAGAAGGUACUCUCUACAAGAAGAGAAAAAAGACGUUCAGCACGUUUCAACAACAACAUGUGCAAUUGUGUCGAACUUGUAUUUUAUACACGACUGAACAUGAAUCCAAAGUUCACAAAAUUGAUAUUCAUUCCAUUAAGAAAGUGACCAAACAUUCCAAUCCUCAUUCCAAUGAAUUAUACAAGUAUCGAUUAGAGUUGAUAAUUUCUCAUCCCAAUUUUCAACCUAAAUCUAAAAAUAAUGGGAAAACGAGUAGUUCAACAACAACUUCAAGUACCAACACAAGUAUCACUUCAAGUACUAAUAUUAGUGGUAGUAGUAGUAGUAGUAUCAACAACACCAACACCAACACCACCACUAGUACUACUGCAAUGACAAGUACUAAUCCAUCCAAUCCUAGUCACUCUUCACUCUUCCUUGCAACAACAUCAUUUCCUCCCACACACUAUUCAACCACUACCAUUGAAUGGUAUUGUUCUUCUGAGAAUACUCUCAAUGAAUGGUUGAAUCAAAUUCUACAAGUUUAUUCUCAAUACGAUGUUGAGAAUCAAUUUCAUGAAUUAUGGAAUAGUAUUUAUCAUUCAAAAUGUCAUGGAAAUGAACAAUUAUUUCUUUCAUUUAUUGUUCAGAAAUUAAUUCAAGACAAGAUGAAGAGAGUCAUGAAUUCAACAUCAUCAUCCACUUUUCGUAAUGACUUGUUGAAAAAUGAAUUACAAUUUCAAUUGAAUACGAUACUUAAUGAAAAUAUUCAAUUGGAUCAUCGAAUCAUGAUGAAUGGACACUCCUCUGGACACCAUAAGAAGAAUAAUCAAUCUCCAACUGAAAAUGGUUUUAGUAGUGAAGACGAUGAGGAUGACACUGGAGUGUAA